AUGGAGAAGGGUUUGGCGACGGAUCCGGUGAGUCCGACAGGGAGUACAUUAGCCGACUUGUCGCCAACUCCAACACCAAGGAAGACUCUGGUUCUGUCCAAUUCAGGCAAGGCUUUGAUGGUGUCCAACUCAAGCAAAUCAUUGGGACUUUCCAAUUCAGGGAAACGGUUUGAUCCAACGGGUAAAAAGAAGUACGUGAAACAAGUCACCGGACGCCACAAUGACACCGAGCUUCACCUAGCUGCUCAACGUGGAGAUUUGGCUGCUGUUAAGCAGAUUCUUAGUGACAUUGAUUCUCAGCUCACUGGUACCAUUACAGGAGCUGAUUUUGAUGAAGAGGUAGCACAAAUAAUGACAUCGGUGGUAAACGAGGUAAAUGAGUUGGGAGAGACACCACUUUUUACAGCGGCGGAGAAAGGGAAUAUAGAUGUUGUCAAAGAGCUUCUACGUUACACUACCAAAGAGUCUCUCAUGCAGAAGAAUCUUUCUGGAUUCGAUGCUUUACACAUCGCUUGCAGUCAAGGCCAUCGAUCUAUUGUCCGGUUACUUCUUGAGAAUGAACCUCAGUUGAGUAAAACAGUAGCUCAAUCAAAUGCAACCCCACUUGUGUCAGCUGCAACGCGAGGGCAUUUAGAUGUAGUUGAUGAGUUGCUUGCGAAAGACUCAAGCUUGCUUGAGAUAUCAAGAUCGAAUGGAAAGAAUGCUCUUCACCUCGCUGCACGUCAAGGUCAUGUUGAUAUCGUAAGAACGUUGCUCGAUAAAGAUCCGCAAUUAGCAAGACGAACAGAUAAGAAAGGUCAAACGUCUUUGCAUAUGGCUGUGAAAGGAGUUAGCUCAGAAGUCGUGAGGUUACUCCUUCGUGCUGAUCCUGCUAUCGUCAUGCUUCCUGAUAAAUUCGGUAACACCGUCUUGCAUAUCGCUACACGAAAGAAAAGAGCAGAGAUUGUGAAUGAGCUGUUACAGCUUCCGGAUACAAACGUGAAUGCGCUAACACGAGACCACAAAACCGCUUACGAUAUCGCUGAAGGACUCACUCAUUCAGAGGAAACCGCAGAGAUCAAAGACAUAUUAUCUCGUUGUGGCGCGCUCAAAGCCAACGAACUAAACCAGCCAAGAGACGAGCUGCGAAAGACCGUGACCGAGAUUAAAAAGGACGUCCACACGCAGCUAGAACAAACCCGGAAAACAAACAAAAACGUCGAUGGAAUCGCCAAGGAGCUAAGGAAACUCCACAGAGCAGGAAUCAACAAUGCGACAAACUCGGUGACUGUUGUGGCUGUUCUCUUCGCCACGGUGGCAUUUGCCGCCAUUUUCACUGUUCCGGGAGGCGACGAUGAUCAUGGUGUGGCAGUGAUGGUCCACGCAACGUCUUUCAAGAUAUUCUUUAUAUUCAACGCGAUUGCGCUCUUCACUUCGUUAGCAGUAGUUGUCGUGCAAAUCACGCUAGUGAGAGGAGAGACUAAAACGGAGAGACGUGUGGUGGAAGUAAUCAAUAAGCUCAUGUGGCUCGCCUCUGUCUGCACCACCGUGGCGUUCAUUUCCUCAUCGUACAUUGUGGUUGGUCGGAGAAACAGAUACGCAGCGGUUGUGGUGACAGUCAUAGGAACCGUGACGAUGGCCGGAAUUUUGAGUAUAAUGACUUAUUACGUUGUGAAGUCGAAGAGGACGAGGAAAGUAAGGAAGAAGGAGAAGAAGAAAUUUGCUAGAACUGGUACGAGCUCGUGGCAUCAUCAUGCGAAUCCAUCAGAGACUGAAUCGGAGGUAAAUCCAAUUUACGCUAUCUGA